AUGAUUUCAGCGCUGCUCUAUUUCGAGUUAUCACUAAUAAGAGGCAGCAGCAGCAGCCACAUCUCACACUCCGCUGUCACACUGACACACCUGAUCAGCCGUCUGUUCCUGAGAGGGCCGGAGCUGUUCAAGCCUCAAGCUGACUUUGACUCCAAAUAUGAGGUUCUGCGUCCACUUGGCAGAGGAGGCUAUGGGAUGGUCUACAGUGGCUUCAGGAAAUCAGACAAGCUACCGGUUGCCAUCAAGUAUAUCGACGCAAAGAAAGUCAGUCGCCAGGAGGUGAUAUGCAAUGGAACGAGCUACAACGUCAUCCUGGAGGUGGCGUUCAUGCUCAAAGCAACAGGAUUAACAGGAGAAGUCGGCCAGUCAGCAGCGGUGUCACUCCUUGACUGGUACUCCCUGGACGACAGACUAGUUCUGGUCAUGGAGAGACCGACGCCCUGCAUGGACCUCCUGCAGCAUCUGAAUAAGCGUGGAGGAAAACUGUGUCAGGACGAGGCAAAGGACAUCUUGAGGCAGUUGGUGGAUGUCGCCAUUGAUAUGGAAUCAAAGGGCAUCUUCCAUCAAGACAUCAAGCCUCACAAUGUCCUCAUACAGUCUCAGUCCCGGGUGUCAAGAGUGCGCCUUAUUGAUUUCGGCUGUGCGAGCUUCUCCUCAGAGACAUGUCAUCGUUUUUGUGGUACCCGUCUAUAUGCCCCCCCAGAGUGGUUGUACUGUGGGACGUACCAGGCCUGCCCGACCACUGUCUGGCAGCUGGGGGUGCUGUUCUACUCCCUCCUUCAUGGGGCGUUUACUUUUACCACCAAGGAGUUCCUGAAAGGCGCAGUUGAAUUCGACUGGAGACUGUCCAGAGAGAGCAAGCUUCUGCUGAGGAUGUGCCUGGUCGAGAACCCAGAACAUCGAAGCACCCUGCAGCAGCUUCAGCGGCUUCUGGCAACAAAAACAGAUUUCUACCAGGUGUAG